AUGAAAAUUGCAUUUUUGGGCCCUGAAGGCACCUAUACACAUCAAGCUGUCAUACAACAAUUUGGUACCUUUCAAUUAGAAAUUUCUCCCAAAAAGUCAAUCGACGCAUGCUUUGAAGCCAUUAAUGCACGCGAAGUAGAUUUUGCCAUAGUACCAUUUGAAAAUUCCACCAAUGGACAAGUUGUAUUCACGUACGACCUUUUACGUGAUUGGUUUUUUGACAAUGACAAAGACUGCCAUUUUCGGAUUGUGGGGGAACAAUUUGUUUCUAUUCAUCAUAACUUACUCAGUAAUGUUCCAGUAGAUAAGAUCAAAACCAUUUAUUCACACCCACAAGUGUGGACACAGGUCAAAUCAUUCCUCAAAAAACUUGGCCCCGAUGUAAUCAAGGUUGAUGUGGGUUCAACUUCACAGGCUGCUGAAUUGGUGAGCCAAAGCAAAGAACAAAACGUAGCAGCCAUAUCAUCACUGAUGAGCGCAAAGCUAUACAAUUUGCCCAUCGAAGAAUUUGGAAUUGAAGACAAGUCCGAUAACACCACGAGGUUCCUAAUUCUAGGCUAUUCGAAACCACCAGAGCAAAUUUUGGAGAAGGGAGCCGAGAAGCAAGAAAAUACUGAAUCAGAGAAGAAGGGUAGUACAAGUUACGGAAGAAUCACAUCGUUGAUGUUCACAUUACCUGGUGAUAACCCCGGUGCCUUGUGCGAUGUGUUAGUAAAGUUUAAAGAGCACGGUAUUAACCUUGUCUCAAUAAACUCACGACCGGCCAAUAUGCAAGCUUGGCAAUACGUUUUCUUUGUAGAAUCUUCAGAGAUUGAAGAUCCACUUAUUCUAAAAGAUAUCGAAAAUUCAUGCUUGACAUUGGUGAAUUUGGGAACAUUUAAUCGAAACUGGCGAUACGCCACGAAACUAGAAGAUACUCGGAAAUGA